AUGGAACAAAAUGGACGCCUACCCUGGGAUAUGUCACUACUUCAGCUUCAACACGAACAUAUCACUCACGACUUAUGGGAAGGACGGGAACGAGUUCUUAGACCGAGAAGAGUUGGAGUUUGGAUACUAAACAACCAAGACAUACUUGAUCCCCGUGUCAUAAAUUUAAUUCAACGGACUGGAUUUGGACACGCCUUAUAUAUCCCAGACAUGGAUGUCAACCACUUCCUCAUCAGUUCUUUAUUAGAAAGGUGGAGAUCAGAAACUCACACAUUUCACUUCCCCCAUGGAGAGACUACUGUGACACUAGAGGAUGUAGCCAUCCUCCUUGGCCUACUGAUAGACGGAGAUGUGGUCACUGGUCCCACUACGGUUGAAGACAUAUUCGCCACCUUCCAUGAACAUCUAGGUGUCAUCCCACCAUCGACGCUUCCACCGAAUGCAAACAAUGAGGUUAUUGCUCAAUAUGCGAGAGCGUACAUUCUCACAUUGAUUGGAAGCAUUUUAAUGCUAGACACGUCUGUAGCUAGGGUACAUGUCAUGUAUCUACUUAGGUUAGCUGACUUGAAUGUAGUCAGGAAUUAUAGUUGGGGGUCUGCAAUUUUGGCCUGCCUAUAUCAUUGCCUAGAUCAUGGCAUUCACCUACGCCAAGAAAAUAUUGGUGGAUGCAUGAUCUUGUUACAAUGUUGGGCUUGGGAAAGGAUUACUUCUAUAGCCCCACAACUUCAACCUUUAAGUGAUCAGGAGGUGGCUGAUGGGGAUGGUUUCCCUGUCUGUAGAAGGAUAAAUCCAACUUCAAUUUCAGUUACUGAAUUUCGGUUGAUAUUUGAUCAACUACCUACAAGACAGUUCUUGUGGAGGCCUUACACUCGACAAGAAGUUAGUCGAUUGAUUGUGGUUGACAUCCCUCCGGUAUCCAGAGCAACAGUCCUAAUAAUUUGCUUCGCCACAGUAGAAAUCCAUCAAGCGGAUAGGGUGAUGCGUCAAUUUGGUUUAAGACAAAACAUUUCGCCUGAGCCGGUUAACCUGGAUCAAGUUCACAGGGAUGACUUGAGGGGGAGAAAUUACAAAGAUUGGUCAAGUUAUGGUGCUAGUCCAUCACAUAUGUUUGGCACCACAACCAUGACACCACUAUCUGCCUAUUAUCCAGGAUCUUCAUCAUCAAUGUCAUUCUAUCCUCCGCCAAUGCCUUCCCAAUCACCACAAAUUCCGCAAAAUGUCCAAAGUCAUCAAGAUGAAGAUGAUGAUGAUGAACCACAAUAA